AUGGCAUCACGACUAUCACAUGAUUUCCCCACCUCGACUCAUCCAUACCCCAAUAAUCGACAGUCGUCAUACAACCAAUAUGCUUCCACACAGUACAACGAUACAAACGUACCACGGAACUCGCUAUAUUAUGAGCAAGGAGAAGAGCUCGAUGAGCCAUUCGACGUGAGAGCGGACUUUGACGGUGUGGGACCUAAAUACAGUGAGCGGUAUGGGAAGAAAGAGGGUAGUGUGAGAAGUGGUGGUGCAUUAGGUAUGGGAAUGAUGGAUGAUGCGAGCUACAGACCCGUCUCAACCCAUGUCGCUCCCUCAGGAUACUCAGAUAUCAAUAAAAGUGUAGCCAGUAGAGAAGAGAUGAUCUCAGUACCGAUGCUUGGACCAGAAUGGCAGAAAUCAGAGUUACACGAAUUAUCUCGCAGGGGCCAAGCUGAAUUGAAGGGUGAACAGCGUACCAAGGCAUGGAGAGAAUGGACUCGUGAUCAAAGGGGAAUUUGUGGAGUCAGAUGGUUGACUAGGAAAGUACUGGUAUUUAUCGUCUUUGCUUUUUUAGCUGCUCUAGGAGUAACGUUAUUCUUCGUUAUACCGCGAGUCCCGAAUUUUCAAUUUUACGCGGAUGAACCAUUUACAGUCGAUAAUUCAACUGUAUCAUUCAAUAGGGUUCCUACAAAUUUCUCUUUUACAGGUAAUCUCAAUCUAUACGGAGAUGGAUCAGGCUCAUACCUACCCAUCCACUUCACUUCACUCGAAGCAACGGUAUACGACGAAACAACGAAUAAAGCUAUCGCGAAAGGAGAUUGGGGAAAUCAUUUCAUGAAUCAUAAAGAUCAACAACCUGUUGUUUUACCUGUGAAUUUCGCCUAUAGUGCCGUUAAUACUUCGGACACAACUUGGAAUGACAUGUACUCGGCCUGUGGACAUCAAUGGACCGGUACAACAAGACCAGAUCUCAAACUUCGUCUCAUCUUACGUAUGUCCAUCGUAGGUAUAUUACAUCAUCCAGAGAUAUCCACUCAGAUAAGUGGGGUGGAGUGUCCCUUCGAACUGGGCGUGAACAGCGUUUGA